CCAGAGGCAGUGUUGUUUUUUUUUUGACAGGUAAUUUAGCCGCAUAUAAAAAGGCUGCAAUUAGUGUAAUAAUAGAUCUUUGGCUAUUGUUUACGCCUGGCGUUGUACAUUUCGUGCAACUGCGUCGCCAGCGAGUGUUUUGUUGUUGUGCAGUGCGUAGAAAAAAAAAAACCUGCGAGCGGCAGUUGAAAAAUCGAAGCAGAGAGCCAAUUGGAAAGACAAUAAUAACUUGGCUCUCUCUCAAAAUAAACAGUUAGCUUGUGAUAAGAAAAAUACAAUUUCUUUGUGUGCGCAAAAAAAAGUGAUUAUCUUAAGGGGAAUUAGUAAUAAACAAACUGCAGGGGUUUCCAGUGCUUUGACAUUUUUCGUGGAAAUAUAUUUUAGAGCCUGCAGGUGACAAAAUGCGCUGCAGUUUGCAAAAGGACUGCGCAGCUCGCACGCAGGAAAAAUUUCACCAGAUGCGUUGCCAAAUUGUGAUUUCACUGCUUUUGCUGCUUUUGUGUUGCAGCGAGAGUUUCGCCGGUGACGCAGCCGAUCAGCUGAAAUUUUCCUCUCAGGACUGUAAAAUCAAGGAGCCCAUAUAUGGCAGCACCUUCGACUUCAGUGGCCUUCACUCGGAUCUGGCCCAUGUGGUCGAAAGUGUGAGCAAUGGCGGCGACAAAUUCGAGUUCAACAUAUGCGGGAAUCUCUCAAGAACCUGCAAUGGCGAGAGUAAUGUGGCAGCUUGCCUAAAAAAACAAGGAAAGGAGUACAUCAUAGGUCGUCAACAUGAGUUGGUCUACAAUAAUGGCAAAAUGCAUCUGGAGUAUAAAAGCGGGGCCAAGUGCGAUAAUGGCACUACCAGUAAUCCCAACUAUCAGCUCCAUGUUCUACUCAGCUGCGACUAUACUUUGGAUGCCCAGCCAAUGCAUGUGACGCCUUAUGCCAACGAUGCCUGUUCGUUCUACAUCUCCUAUGAAACACCAUUGGCUUGCCUGCCCAUUCCCGAUGCCCUGCAAUCGAAUAGUUGCAGUGUGCGGGACACAAAAUCAAAUGGAACCUUCGACCUGAUGCCCCUGAGUGAUAGUAAUUACAGGACCAGCAAUCGGCAGGAUGCCUUUUUCCUGAUCAAUGUCUGUAAGCCGGUGCUCUACGGAGAGAACAGCAUGUGUCCGCCCGGUAGCAGCGUGUGUCUGUUUAGUCCCAAAGCCACGAACUUAAAAGAGCGAUUUGUAAAUUUUGGCAACGUCCAGUCGCGUCCGGUGGUGGAGAACGGGCAACUAUUGCUGAGACAUGAGUCACCAACGCCCUGUGCCAAGAACUCCAGCGCCAACUACACCAGCGUGAUUUAUUUCAGCUGUGAUAAGUUCAUAAGGAAUGCUCACCCGGAGUUCGCGGGCCUGGGAGCCGAUUCCUGCACCUACCAAUUCAAUUUUGUCACGCCCCUGGCCUGUAAUGAUCUCAAACCCUGCACGGCUUUUACCGCCUCAAAUGAGCUCCUGGAUCUCAGUUCGCUUAGCUCGAAGCCAGCCCGCACUUUGGUUAAAGAUGGGAAAAACUAUACAAUUGCAGUGUGCGCCCAUGCUGGGACUCCCUGUCAGGAAAACGGCGGCGCCUGCUACGAGCAGAAUUCCACGACCAUCAGCCUGGGCAACUCCAACUCGCAGCUGCGAUUCAAUCAGACCGGCUCGCUGUAUUUGCUGUACGAGGACGGUGCCGAGUGCUCCACAGCGGCGGGCAUCAGGCGCUGGUCGACAAAAAUCGAGUUUGUCUGUGCGAACAAUGCCACCAAGGACAAUGCGGGCACUGCUGCCGGUGGGAGCGAUUCUUUGAAAAUAAUUGAGGACUCCAAUUGUCAGCUGCUGAUCCAAUAUCAAACGCCGCUUGCCUGCCGGGAACCGAUUAAAUGCAAGGCCAUCGUCUACGUUGACCACACGACCGAUGGACUGGGCAGCAGUGGCGACGAGCUGAUCGACCUAACGCCAUUGAUUAGCGCCAGCUACAACUACGAGGCGAAAGUGGAGCUGCCGGCCGGCAUGGAGCACCUGGUGCCCAAGGCGACCAAGUUCUUUUUGAAUGUGUGCCGUCCAUUAGUGCCCAAAUACCAAUUAGGCUGUGCCGGCGGAUCUGCUGCCUGCAUGGCCAAAGUGACUGCCGACGGCGCCCCCGAGGAGGAGCGUAGCUUGGGCUUUCCACUGGUGUCACUGACGCGAAGGAAUCGCACCUUCGCCGAGCUGCUGUACUUGAAGGGAGAUCCCUGUCCCACGGACAACACCACGGAACUCUCCACGCGCCUCCUUUUCAACUGCAAUAUGCGUGCCGGUCGGGGACAACCGGUGCUGCGUUCGAUCGAGGACUGUGCCUACCGCUUCGAGUGGCAGACGAAUGUCUUUUGCCCGCCGCACGAGUGCACCUUUAGCGAGGACACCUGCGAACUGGUGCACGACGAGCUGGGUCGGCGAUUCAAUUUCAAGAGUGCGCCGUUCACCAAGGAUGGCGAGAUUGAGAUUGACUACAAUGCCACCAAGAUGUCGGUAAAUAUUUGCGGAGCGCAUCGCAAGGCAAUGACGGACUAUUCGCAGGCACUGGUCAACAUAUUCUUCACACACGAGUCGCCUAAUUGCGGCCGAGAAGGCACAAUGAACGUCCAGAUUCGCCUGAUAUGCAGCAACCAGACGGAGAGCAGCAGCACCAUCUCGAGUGACCAGCAAUGCAAUUUGCUUUAUGUGCAGCGAACGCCGAGCAUCUGUGAGUUCCUAUCCCUCGGCGUGGCCCAGCAGGAUGGCCAAGAUGGGGGUUCGAGCAGCUCCACAAGCAGCAGCACCACCAGCAGCACCACGUCCACCACCAGCACUACCACUCAGGCAUCGCCAGCGGGUAAGCCAACCAAGGCGGCCACGUCGACAACGACAACAACAGCUGCUCCCGAUCCGGCGGCUACUCCCAUCGGGCCAACGGCGUCCGUGGGCACCAUCCUGGCGGCCAUCCUGUCGGUGACCUUCUGUGUGACGUGUGUGGGCCUGUUUGCCUUUUCGCCGGCGCGAAGACAGCGCGUCCGUCGACUCUUCCGGCGCAGCAAUUCCGCGGUUCGAUAUUCCCGGGUGCAAUCCAAUGAGGAGGCCAACCUGCUGCUGGAGCCCAAUGGAGAGUUUAGCGAGAGCGAUGAUGACAUGCUGCUUUAGGUUGGCCCAAACCAAACCAAACUAAACCAAAGUCGUCGUCGGACGCCUUCUUAGCCAUUAGCAUGGGGCUGGGGCACAUGGUGGCGGACCGGAAGCGGGGGUAGCUAGUUAGAGACACGCAAGAUCCCAAAGUGAGUAACAUAGAACACCAAAGACAUAACUGAGAAACGGAACUGAUUGUGAGCAAAACAAAAAACUAAUAAAACCGAUGUAGGCAAGUAAGGAUAAAAAAAAAGGGGGGCGAACUGCUGAUAUAAAAUUGUACAAUACGCGUAGGCUACAACGACGACUUACAGAAACCAAUUAACGGAACCAUAUAUAUACAUAUUAUAUAUUUUAUAUACCCUUCGUAUGUAAAGGAAGAUCCCCAACCUAACCCGUACCUAUAGCUAUAGAUAAAUGCGGCCUGCAUUCGCCAGAGAAUUGCAAAGGACAAUUGCUUAAAACGUAUUUUCGCUGAAGGCUAGAUAUAUAACCUAUAUAGCAUAGCAGCUUCUUCCUUGCAGUGACUUAGUCUGAUUUCCCUUUAACCAGUUCUUGUGCAGCUUGUAUGCAAUUUUUAUGGUAUUCAUUUGAAACGAUUUGUAUUUUAUUCUAAGGCAAUAUGUACUUGAUUUUCUGUUUGCUUCUUGUGUUGUUAUAGUCCAUUAAGGCAAGCCACAUUUAAAACGG